GCAGAUUAAAAUAACUCAAAAUCAAAGAACCUUUUUUUUUUUUGUUUUAAACAAAGACCCUCAGGCCUCGAGUUGACGAAGACUUCAAGCUCUAUAUCAUUUCUCCUCUUCUGUUGUUGUUCUUGCGAGUCGACUACUGAGAAAACAACUGAUCAGAUCCAAGUUUCUGCUCGUAGAUCUCAAAUCAUCUUUGAAAGGGAGAGAAAAAAAUGUUGACUCUCAGGGUUGUAGGAGGGCUUGUCAUCGUUCUUCUUCUAAAGAAACUCUUCGACAAAAUAACUGAUGCUUCUGCAAAGGCUAAGAACGACGCAGGAACUUCAUCUGCCACACAAGAGUGCGUUCCCGAUUCCUCUUCACCGCUUCCCGCUUCUGGACAGAACGAGGCAGCAGCAUCAACUGCCACACAGGAGAGUGAUUCCCCUUCUUCUUCUUCACCGCUUCCCUCUUCUGGAAGGAACGACGCAGCAUCAUCAUCAUCUGCCACACAAGAGUGCGGUUCCUCUUCUUCUUCUUCAUCGCUUCCCACUUCUGGGUGGGAUUACGAGGUGUUCUUGAGCUUUAGAGGUAAGGACACCCGCACCAACUUCACCGACCACCUCUACAACGCUCUUCUCGGUAUUGGAAUCCGCACGUUCAGGGACAACGAAGAACUCCGAAUCGGACAAAAGAUCGAUGAGAAGCUUCGCUCUGCGAUCCACCAGUCCAAAAUCGCCAUUGUCAUCUUCUCAAAAGACUUUGCUUCCAGCAAAUGGUGCCUCGGUGAAGUUGCAGAGAUUGCGGAGUGCAUGAAAUUAGAGAGAGGCCAAAGAAAAAUGAGAGUGAUGCCCGUUUUCUACCAUGUAGAUCCAUCUGUCGUCCGAAACCAGACUCCUGGUAGCUCCUAUGGGAAUGCUUUUCAGGAGCACAAGAAUAAUUUCGACAAGGAUACCGUAGAGGUGUGGAAGAAGGCUCUGAAAGAGGUUGGUGGAUUGAAAGGAUGGGAUCUGAAGAAUUCUGCUUAUGGGUAUGAAGGGAAUUUAAUAAAAUUAAUUGUUCAAGAAGUUUGGAGCGAAUUAAUAAAAGGGCCCUUGACUAUUUCUGACGACAUAGUCGGAAUCCAUUCUCAUUUAGAAAAUAUGAUGAAGUUGCUAAACAUUGGAUCUAAUGAUAGACGGAUUGUGGGUAUUUGUGGCUUAGGUGGCAUUGGUAAGACAACAAUUUCCAGGUGUGUGUACAAUGCAAUAUAUUCUCACUUUCAAGGAUGUAGCUUUAUAGCAAAUGUUCGAGAAACUUUCGAAACAGGGGCAGCUGUUGUCCGUUUGCAAAGUCUACUUCUCACUAAUAUCUUGAACCUAAAGGAUCCAAACAUUGAUAGCAUUGAUCAAGGAAUUCAUGUGAUUAGGCAAAGAUUAUCCAAUAAGAAAGUUCUUAUUGUUCUUGAUGAUGUGGAUGGAAAUAUUGAUUUAAAAGAAAUAAUUGGGAAGCGUGAUUGGUUUGGUUUUGGAAGUAAGAUUAUUAUUACGACCAGGGAUAGCCAUAUCUUAAGGCUUCUUGAAGUAGAUGGAAUUUAUGAGCCCAAUGAAAUGGAUUUAGAUCAAUCUCUUAAACUCUUCAGCAAACAUGCCUUCAAAAUGGAUGAACCUCCAAAAAAUUAUUUGGAUCUCUCAAAAAAAGUAGUAAAAACUACUGGAGGACUUCCUUUGGCUGUUGAGGUUAUAGGUUCAGCUUUAUUUGGCAGUGAAGAACCAGUAUGGAAUGACACAAUAAAGAAGUUAGCCAAAAUUCCACAUUAUCAAGUGCAGAAGAAGUUGAGAAUAAGUUAUGAUGGAUUAAUUCAUGAAGAGAAAGCUAUAUUUCUUGAUAUUGCUUGUUUCUUUAUUGGAAUGGAUAAGAAUAUUGCAUGUUACAUAUGGGAUGGCUGUGAAUUUUUCCCUGAAGUAGGAAUUGAAAUUCUUCGCCAAAAGUCAUUGAUUAAGAUUGGGGAAGAAAAUGAGUUAAUAAUGCAUGAUCAGCUAAGAGAUCUUGGAAGGGAAAUUGUUCGUCAAGAAAACCAUAAGAAAGUUGGGAAACGUAGUAGAUUGUGGUCGCAUGAGGACGUAUUGAAAGUGUUGACUACUCGAAAGGGAACUGGGAAAGUUGAAGGACUUUGUAUUACCUUCCGUGAUAAGGCAAAUAGCCAAUGUGUGUGGAGUGAAGGAUUUGAGGCAAUGACUGAGCUAAGGUUACUUCAGGUCGAUUAUGCAAAGGUCGCUGGUAAAUUUAUGCAUUCUUUUUCAGAAGUGAGAUGGCUUAGUUUGAAAAGAUGCCCUAUACAAUUUACACAAACCAAUCUAGGGAAAUUGUGUGUUCUUGAUCUAUCAGAUAGUGACAUCACAGAAAGCUGGAUGGGUUGGAACUCUAUCAAGGAGGCAAAAUCUCUUAAAGUUCUGAACUUGAGUAGUUGUGCUGAGCUAUCCCGGACUCCAGACUUGUCAGAAAAUGAACAUUUGGAGGUACUGAUUCUUGAGGACUGUAGAAAGUUGGCUACAAUUAACACAUCCAUUGGUGAUCUUAAGAAGUUAGUCACAUUGAACUUGAGUGGUUGUGGUGAACUAUCCCGGAUUCCAGACUUGUCAGAAAAUAAAAAAUUGAAGGUAUUGGUUCUUGAAGACUGUAGAAAAUUGUCUACAAUUGAUGCAUCCAUUGCUCAUCUUAAGAGCUUGGUCAUAUUGAACAUGAAGGGCUGCAGUAGUGAAAUUCAACUCCCAACCAGCAUUUUUGAGUUAAGUUCUCUCAAAAAAGUUGACAUUGGAAAUGCUAGAAUCAGCCCGUUGCCAGAAGAGCUUGAUUCUUCUGCAAAGGUAAAGAAUGACACAGCAUCAUCUGCCACACAAGAGUUCGGUUCCUCUUCUGGAAAAAACGAGGCAGCAGCAUCAUCUGCCACAAAAGAGUGGGUUUCCGAUUCCUCUUCUUCAUCGCUCCACACUUCUGGGUGGGAUUACGAGGUCUUUCUGAGCUUUAGAAGUGAGGACACUGGUUCCAACUUCACCGAUCACCUCUACAACGCCCUCCUCGAUAUAGGAAUCCACACGUUCAGGGAUAACGAAGAACUCCGAAUCGGAGAAAUGAUCAGUCCGGCGCUUCGCUCUACAAUCCACCAGUCCAAAAUCGCCAUUGUCAUCUUCUCAGAAGACUAUGCUUCCAGCAAAUGGUGCCUCGGUGAGCUUGCAGAGAUUGCGGAGUGCAUGAAAGUAAGGAGCCAAGACCAAAUAAGAGUGAUGCCCGUUUUCUACGAUGUAGAUCCAUCGGAAGUUCGAAACCAGACUGGUUCCUUUGGGAAUGCUUUUGUAGACCACGAGAAGAAUUUCAACCGAGAUACUGUAGAGGGGUGGAAGAAUGCUCUGAGAAAGGUUGGUCAAUUGGAAGGAUGGGAUCUGAAGAAUACUGCUGGUGGGUUAAUAAGGAGGGAACACCAAAAAAAGUACGAAGGGAAAUUAAUACAAUCAAUUGUUCAACAAGUGACGUAUGGAUUAAGAAAUAGUCACUUGACUCUUCCUCACAACAUGGUCGGAAUGGAUGUUCAUAUAGAAAAUAUGAUGAAGUUGCUAGACAUUGGAUCUAAAGAUAGACAAAUUGUGGGUAUUCUUGGUUUAGGUGGCAUUGGUAAGACAACAAUUGCCAAGUGUGUGUAUAAUACAAUCUAUCAUCAUUUUGAAGGAUAUAGCUUUAUAGCAGAUGUCCGAGAAACUUCGCAAAGAAAGGGAGGAGUUGUCUAUUUGCAAAGUCUACUUCUCACUAAUAUCUUGAAUCGAGAAAAUCUACGCAUUUCCUGUGUUGAUCGAGGAAUCAUUAUGAUUAGGCAGAGAUUAUUCAAUAAGAAAGUUCUUAUUGUUCUUGAUGAUGUGGAUGAAGUUAUGAUCUUAAAUGCACUAAUUGGGAAGUGUGAUUGGUUUGGUUUUGGAAGUAAGAUUAUUAUUACAACUAGAGAUAGACAUGUCUUAAAUGUUCUUGAAGUAGAUGGAAUUUAUGAGCCCAAUGAAAUGGAUUUAGAUCAAUCUCUAACCCUCUUCAGUAAACAUGCCUUUCGAAUGGACCGACCUCCAGAAAAUUUUUUGGGUCUCUCAAUGGAAGUGGUAAAAAUUGCUGCAGGACUUCCUUCGGCUCUUGAGGUUACAGGUUUAUCUUUACUUGGCAAAUCAAAACGAGAAUGGGAAACCACAGUGAAGAGGUUAACCGAAAUUCCAAAUAAAGAAGUGCUAGAUAGGUUGAAAAUAAGUUAUGAUGAAUUAGAUGAUGUAGAGAGAGAUAUGUUUCUUGAUAUUGCUUGUUUUUUUAGUGGAAUGGAUAAGAAUAUUGCAUGCUACAUAUGGGAUGGCUGUGGAUUUUUCCCCACAAUAGGAAUGAAAAUUCUUUGUCAAAAGUUAUUUGUUAAGAUUGGUGAAGAAGAUGAGUUAAAGAUGCAUGCUCAGCUAAGAGGUCUUGGAAGGGAAAUUAUUCGUCAAGAAAGCAUUAAGGAGGUUGGGAAACGUAGUAGGUUGUGGUCGCAUGAGGACGUAUUGGAAGUGUUGACUACUCGAAAGGGAACUGGGAAAGUUGAAGGACUCUGUAUUACCUUCCAUGAUGGGUUAAAUAAUCAAUAUGUGAUGAGUGAAGGAUUUGAGGCAAUGACUAAACUAAGGUUACUACAGGUUGAUUAUGCCAAGGUUGCUGGAGACUUCAUACAUUCUUUUCCAGAACUGAGAUGGCUUAGUUGGAAAAGAUGCCCUAUACAAUUUACACCAAUCAAUCCACGGAAAUUAUGUGUUCUUGAUCUGUCAGAUAGUGAAAUCACAGAGGACUGGAUGAUUUGGAACUAUAUCAAGGAGGCAAAAAAGCUUAAAGUUUUGAACUUGAGUAGUUGUGUUGAACUAUCCCGGAUUCCAGAUUUGUCAGAAAAUAAACAUUUGGAGGUUUUACUUCUUGAAGGUUGUAGAAAGUUGGCUACAAUUGAUGCAUCCAUUGGUCACCUUGAGUGGUUAGUCAAAUUAAACUUGAGUGGUUGUUAUGAACUAUCCCGAAUUACAGACUUGUCAAAAAAUUAUCAUUUGGAGGUAUUGCUUCUCAAGGACUGUAGAAAAUUGGCUACAAUUGGACGUAUUGGUCAUCUGAAGAAGUUAGUAAAAUUGAAUGUGAAGGGCUGCAGCAGUGAAUUGUAUCUCCCAGCCAGCAUUUUCGAGUUGAGUUCUCUCGAAACACUUGACAUUGGAAAUGCAAGAAUCAGCCAGUUGCCAGGAGCUGGAUCUUCUCUUCGGUCGCUCAUUUUCUAUCCAUGAUUGAUUACAUUGCCAGAAGAAAGGGAUGCUUGAUCAGAUCAUGGACCCAUAUCUGAAGGGAAGAUUGCACUGGAGUGCUUCAAGAAGUUUGCAGAGACAGCAGAGAAGUGUGUGGCAGAUCAGGGGAUACAAGGCUACUCUAGUGACUAACCAAUAUAAAUCUUCAAGCCUGAUUAAUAGAUGACUUGGAUGAGUAAAAAUGGUAUCAGCUCGAUCAUCGAAAUUUGGGACAAUGUGUUUAAACAUGGUACAUUCUCAGUACAUUGGUGACAGUGAAGGUGGAGAAAAUACCAUUAAUGGUUGCUAAAGGACAGAAGACAAGAAGAACGAAGAUUCUAAACCCACUGCAUAGCUCCAUGUUGUAGUUUCCUUUGGCAGAGUUGCUGCUGCUGUGUCUGCAAUUGCUACCGGUACAGCAGCAUUGUCAUGAUCUGGUGAGCGAAUGAUAAAGGCUAGCAGGUGAAGGUAUCUGCUCCUUAAUGGUAGGCCUCAGUGAAAAGAAGGCAGAGCAUGAGCACCUUGAAUCUGUGAUUAGCUCUGCUGUUAAGCUGAUGCUGAAGAUGAAGAAAAAAUACUAUGAGGACCGUCUUCAAACAGAAAGAAUAAGGUCCUCUCUGUCUCUCCCCAUUCUCUCAGUUGCUCCCUUCCCUUGUAGCCUCAUGCUAGUGUGAAUGAAGGAUGGUGUCUCACUCCAUUGAAGAUUUUUUUUUUUUUUUUUUGUUAAUACUGGAACACCCUUAAGCAUUAGCUAAGCAUUUUGUUUCGGUUUCCAGUGAGGAAGGUUAUUCCACUGCCAAUGAAGGGUGCAUCAGGAUCCCUUAUGUGAGCAAAAUAUCUAGAUGUGGCACUGCUGCACCUAUAUUACUUAUUCAAUAUAGGUACAGAGUAAUGUCAUGUUGGAGACCAACAAUUUAUGCAUUCUUGGCUUAUAAAUUUUGUUCCGUUGAGGAAGACAUCGAGGAAUCCUAAUUCUAGCCUGUGAUGGCCUGUGGAAAAGUCUCUAAUUGUAGAACAAUGUGAAUUUGGUGUUUGGCUGGAAAUUUAUCCAUUGAAGACUUCCAAUGGAUGACAAGGUCUCACAUGAAGGCAUUCCUUUAGCAUCAAGGUGUAAUCUUUGCUUGAAAGUGUCCGAAUCUGCAGCAUAUAUCUUCAUGGAGUGCAUCUAUUCGAAGAAAGUUUGGCAGUUUUUCCUUGAUAUAUUUACAAUUGCUUGGCCAAAUUUUACCCCCGUCAACAAUCUUCUGAUUUGGUGGAGAAGGAAGUCGGUGGUGCCUCUCAAAUAUAUUUGGCUGUCAGGUUUCGUUCUAGUCCCAAUGACUAUAUAGACAAAAUGGAAUUUGAGAAGAUACGAGGGAAGAGAAAGGACCUCUCAAACGUUGAAGGAAUGCCUUUCCAUGAUAAUUUCAGCAGAAAUGGAUCUUCUUCAAAAAUUAUCUUUCAAACAAUCCUUGGAAAAUCUCCCAUUGUUAUAGGGAAGGUAACACUCUGGAUUAUAUGGGAUAUUGAAGGGAGAUCUGGAUUCUGUUUUGAGAAUUGAGUCUUUUUGUACAGGAUAAAUCUAAUGUUCUUUGUUAGACCUGUGAUUUCUGCUGAUGGCAAUGCCAAAGGUGGAUCCAAAAGGUUUAUUGGGUUUGUCUUUACUUUGCUAAUGGCAAUGCCGAAGGUGAAUUUUAAGACAACUUAUUUUUCUGUGUCAUCUGGAUAUGCCCGGAUGUGAAUCCUGUUCAUCAUUCUUUAUUAUUUUUAAUAUACACUUUUGCUGAAAAAAGAAAAAAGUAUAACAAUGUGAAUUCCUCCUUCCA